AGGCGCCCACCGCACCCGCCUCGCAGGUCACCACACCCGUCUCGCCCAAGAGCAAAGACGGCGAUACAGAGCCGUCGGAGGAAGUGGCAUCGGAAGAACAGGUGAAGGCUCCAGAAAUUAAGAAAGCAGCAGAGGGGCAGACGCCGGAAGAUGAGGUGGACGAAGGCGUAGGCGAAGAAGGUGACAAUGGAGACGACGAAAGUGGUAGUGGGGGCAGAGACAGCGCACAGGCGGAACAGGAGGAGGAGCAGCAGAAGGGAGAGAUUGAAAAGGAAGCGACCGAGGAGAGCUCUGGCAUAGGAGAAGGGGAACUGGCAACCGAACCGGAAAGCAGUCCGGAUGAAACUGUGGGAAUGGACAAUGGAGAAGAGGGAGAGAAAGGAGAAGAGAAUGAGGGACCGACGGCUAGUAACGAGGAGAAAGGGGGCGACGGUGUCGACGAAGAGACUGGAGAAGGCACAGACAGAGAUGCAGGCUACGAGGAGAACAGGGAUGAGACGGAAACGGAGGAGGACGGGCAUAAGAGAGAGGAGGUGGAGAGGGAGGCGACGGAGAGGGAGGAGGCAGAAAGGGAGGAGAAGGAACGGCAAGAGGCGGAGCGGCAGAUGCAGCUGGAGCGAGAACGUGAACUGGAGAGGGCCCUGGAAGAGCGCAGCAGGCGACGGCGCAGCCAAGAGGUGAGCAAUGAAGACCUGGCAGAAACCAAAGAACAGCGGGGCGAUGAAGACGGCGGUGAAGAAGGCGGCGAAGAUGGCGGUGAAGAAGGUGGCGAAGAAGAUGAGAAAAAAGGUGGUGACGAGGGCAGUGAAGAGGCCGGCGAAGCAGGUGAUGAGCCCGAGUCCAACGGCGACCACGAGAACGGCGUGGGCGAAGAACAGCCCGUGGCCGAGGGUGUGGUCACUGGAGAGGGGGCUGGCCAUGACGUGCAGCAGGGACAGGCCGACGUCUGGGUGCGGAGCGAGGAGGAAGACGAGGGCGAGCAAGCGGACGACGAAGACGCGGCAGGGGAGGACGAGCAGCAGGACGCGGAGCAAGAGAAACCAGAGGACGCCGAGCAGGCGGGAGACGAGGAGGUGUCGCGGCUGGUGGCGGCGGGCGACGUCGACCAGCUGGCGGCCAUGGUGCUCAGCGGCGACGGCGCCCGGCUGGCGGGGCUGCGCGCGCACCACCCCGACGUCCAGGCCUUCCUCGACAACGUGCCCGCCUACAUGGAGAAGAUCGCAGCGGUGCACGCGGCUGCGCGCGCGGGCAGCGUGCGCGAGCUGCAGGCGGCGCUGGACCGGCGGCGCUUCGCAGUGGCGCGCGACGCGGGCUGCGUUGCCAGGCCGACGCCGCUGCACGCGGCCGUGCUGCUGGGACACACCGACGUCGUGCGCUACCUGGGCGCGCGAUUCCCGGAGACGCUGGCCGCCAGCGACGCGCGCGGCCGCACGCCGCUCCACUACGCAGCCUGCCUCGCCGACAACGGCCACUACUACCACCUGCUGACCGCGCUCGGCGCCCGCGCCGAUGCUCUCGACCAGGACGGCCACACGCCAGAGUACUACCUGCAGCAUCCGGAUGAGCUGUCGCACCGCCAGCUGCUGCAGGACAUAGGCGCCGAUGACACAGUGGCCGACAACCUUGUCGAUAAAGAAAGGAGGAUAGCCUCUUCACAAGGUGAGCCAGUGUUUUGGACUGAAGAAGGGCGUUACCUGGCAGCAUCACUUGGUGAUCCACUCAUAAAGGGACUGAAAGAAAUAGCAGACAAGAGACCACAGGAUCCUGUGACUUAUCUUGCAACAUAUCUCUUCAAUGCUGCAAACAAUCACAAGUCUAUUGAUAAUAUGCAGGAAAACAACAGGCUGAUAGCACCACCACCACCAGCAAAGGGACGUCUAGAAGCUGCUCCCAUACCAUCUGACAUGGAUCCACAAGAGGCAGAUAUUGAGGAGGUGCCAGAAACACCAGAAAACAGUGCAAUAGACAGAGAUGAACAUGGCCAGAGCAUGCUCCAUUUUGCUGCAGCAAGAGCACAUGGACGUAAUGGAUUAUUCCAGCUCCUGCAGGAGACUGGUUUGAAUGCUGGCUACAGGGAUGAAUUGUAUCGCACAGCACGAGAUGUUGCAAUCCAGGCUAAUAUUCCUGACAAUAUUCAUGACAUUGAUAAGUGGGUCCUUCAUCUUGCUGCAAAUGGAGAGAGGGAGAAGCUUAUGGAACUUCUGCUAGAGGGUUAUGAUCAUAUACUUGAUGUCGAAAAUGAUGAUGGACUAUCAAUAAUUGAGGUAGUAGCACAAAGUGAACAGCCUGAGACAUUACAAUUUUUGCAGUCUAUAUCUGACUUCGAGGAAAGAAGAGAGGAGCUUCAUAAUGCCGUACGACAGGGGAAUCUUUUGAGAGUUCAUGAGCUUCUUGAAGCAGAUGAUGCAGAACUUCUUGCUAUUGCAAAGAACAUAUAUGGUCGAAGCAGUCUGCAUAUAGCUGUGCUGUGUCAAGAUGAAGAGAUCACACAGUUUCUGACUGAUAGAUUUCCUGCAACACUGAAAACCGGAGAUAAUCUUGAAAGGACUGCAUUACACUAUGCAAUGGGUGUGGAAAAAGUUGAGGAACUAAGUACAUUCCUCAUAAGAGCAGGAGCCAGAAGAAUUGCAAAGGAUCUGAAAGGGAGACAGCCAAGCUACUACUUCAUGAAUAAAUCAGAUAUACUCAGGCUCCAAGAAGAUGAAGAUACCUUUAAAAUGUAACAUCUUUUCAUAAGGUCCUUAAAUGUAUGUAAGACAUGGACUAAAAGAAUCCCAUUUAAAUGUUGUGACCCACUUAAAUAAUGGGCCAAGUUGUAGUUCAACAAACUAAUAAUACACAUACAUCUUGUUGUGAAAAUAUAAGUAAGAUUAUGUUUAAGAAAACAGUAUUAAUCAGUUUCCAGUUGACAGUGUUACACUAUUAGCCUUCCAAAAAUA